UUUCUUUUAUGAGAUUUCAACAUGGAAAAUAUCACUGAAGUCACGGAAUUUAUACUGAAGGGCUUCACAGACAAUGCUGACCUGGAGAUCCUUUCCUUCUUCCUCUUUCUAGCAAUUUACCUCUUCACACUCAUGGGAAAUUUAGGACUAAUUGCUCUGGUCAUUGGUGAUUCCCGCCUGCACAACCCCAUGUACUACUUUCUGAGUGUGUUGUCUUCCGUAGAUGCCUGCUAUUCUUCUGUUAUCACACCACAAAUGGUAGUUGACUUUCUGUUAGAAAAGAAAGUCAUUUCAUUCAUUGGCUGUGCCACACAGAUGUUUCUGGCUGUGACUUUUGGCACAACUGAAUGCUUUCUUUUGGCAGCAAUGGCUUAUGACCGCUAUGUGGCUAUUCACAAUCCUCUUCUAUAUGUAGUGAGUAUGUCACCAAGAGUAUAUGUACCACUCAUCAUUGCGUCCUAUGCUGGUGGAAUUUUACAUGCUGUUAUUCACACCGUGGCCACUUUCAGACUCUCGUUUUGUGGAUCCAAUGAAGUCAGUCAUAUUUUCUGUGACAUCCCUCCUCUCCUGGCAAUUUCUUGUUCGGACACCCACAUCAAUCAGCUUCUCCUCUUCUACUGUGCUGGGUUUAUUGAGGUAGCCACUAUCCUGAUUGUACUGUUAUCAUAUGGUUUCAUUCUGUCUGCUAUUCUGAAGACACGCUCCAUUGAAGGUAAAAGAAAAGUCUUCUCUACAUGUGGCUCUCACUUAACGGCAGUGUCUACGUUUCAUGGCACUGUUCUUUUCAUGUAUGUAAGACCAAGUGCCAGUUAUGCAUUGGAACAUGACAUGGUAGUGUCAAUAUUUUACAGCAUUGUAAUUCCAAUGCUGAAUCCUCUCAUUUAUAGUUUGAGGAACAAAGAUGUAAAAGAGGCAAUAAAAAAAGUGUUUGGUAAAAGACUAAUUUGUGGAUAA